AUGCCUGCACCGUUCUGCACUCACUCUGCACCAGACUUACCUCAUAGUUACGCGCAAAAGCAUGUUCUCAUCUGCGCUUCGCCCGAACCCUCUUUCGCUCCCUCUCAGUCUCGCUUCGCCGUCAUUGCCAACGGCUUCCUGCUCCCCCGCUUCAUCCUCACCCUCACCCUCAUCCCCCCCUUCCCUGCUACUGCCCCUUGCCCCCUCGUCGCUCCAGCUCCGCCCUGGUUACGCACGAUCAGUAUACAUAAAGCCAAUCGCCCUGCCCUGUGCUUCCUCACCCACGGCACUGCUUUCGACGAGCAUCUCAAAAAGCUCUUUGGCGACCUCUCGGAUGCAAAGCUGGAUAGGAUUCUUCAGCCCGUAGCCCGAAGUGCGCUUCCGCAUCUUUCCGCAGCCUCUUCCACCUUGCGCUUGAGCUUGUUGCCAAUUCAACGCCUUGCGCUUCCGUAUCGUCGCAUCCCCUCCGCGUCUCGGUCGUCGUCGAUCGCUCUUGCAUCACCCGCACGCAGCAACCUCUUUUUCCUUGGAAACCGGCUUGCAUCGCAUCGAAUCUCUCACCCUCGUCCCGCAGCCGCACCGCCCGCCAGCCCGUCGGCCCCACCGCACAACCACAGCCUCGCUGCCGACAUCUCCAUCAACCCGCAUCUCGGAGACCGUCAACCCACCAUCUCUUCCACCCUUCUUCCGCCACGCUACCCACUGCUCGGAUUGAUGCCUCCAUUGCUGUCCACAGGCAUGCAGGCAUCAGCAGGUGUGCGCCGCACCGCUGUAUGGCUCUUGGCCGGCGCAGCUUGCGUUUCGGCAUUGCCACUGCGCGAUGGACCUUCUGUCUUCGCUCCCAGUGCGGCGCAGUCUUUGCAGCGUCGAGCGAUCAUGAAGGGCGACAACUACGUGCCGCUCGGCAACACCACCGUGCCGCUCUCGCCGCUGCUGCUCGUAUUCGGCGGCCUCGGUGCCGCAGCGGUGGCGCUGGUGGUUGCGUUGAUACGCAUCUUGGUGCCGUCGUGCAUGUCGAGGUCGUCGCGCAUCGUGCUCGAGGAGCGCGAGCGUGCACGUCAGGAUUUGCGCAUCCGAGGCGCUGUUAGCCCGCGUGGCAGUCCGGGAGGCAGCCCCGUGCCCGGUGCUAGCACGCCGGUCCAUCCGCAGCAACGACGAUAUCCGCCCAACAAACCCAUGCGCAAGGUCGGGCGCAACUCGCGCGGCAGCUUCACUCCUGCCGACUCGGCUUCGAGCGUGUCGAGGAAGCGGUCGUACCGCGGCACGUCCAUCUCGCUGUCGGAGGCGAGCAAAAAGGUGGACCGGUCGGUGGCGUCGAGCUUGAGCGGGUUUCAGGUGCCGCUGCUCAAUUCGAACGACUCGAGCAGUGGAUCGUCGUCCUUCCACCUCAAUGCCAAGGAGACCAUGUCGGAGCGCGCAAAGUAUCCGAUCACGGCGACGAACGAUCUUAACGUGGCACGCAACAAUCCGAGGCUGAGCUUUGGUACGCGACAUCUUGCGCGGACUAGCUCGAUUGGUAAGGGUGCUGAUUUGUACCGCACACGCAGUGGGGGGCGUCAGCAGCCCGAGAUUGCGUUGCAUCCGCAGCCGGUCGAUCCGGCGUAUGCGCAGAGAUGGGCGAGGCGCGAGUCGUAUCAGCAUCCGCUGCAGGCGAGUCGGCGCGAUUCGACGCUCUCGGCGUACGAGGUGAGCAGCAGCUCGGCAGAGCACAGCUAUCUCGAAAGCACAGCCACCAGCAGGAUCGGCUCGUUCAGCAACAUGUCCGGAAACCCGCUGCAGCCGCUCAGUGCGCCUGGGUUUGGGGCAAUGCCGCAGGCCACGCAGCCUUGGGCGAGUCCGAGGUCGAUGAGCAGGUCGCCGACUCCGGACUCGUCGUCGCCCAAUGCGUCCAGGUUGGCUGUUGUGGGUGCGCCGCAGGUCGGCAGUAGGAACUCGUCGGUCAGUGCGCUGCUCGAUUCGGAUGGCAGCGAUGCCGGCGUGGCGCCCCAGACGGCCGUGCUCAUUCCAUCGCGCGCGACGUCGUUCACAAAGUGA